AUGUCGGUCCCGACUACUGCCGCCACCCCCGUCGCACUCACAGCGACCCCUCAAUUUCAACUCCUUCUUGCCGAAUAUCGCACAUCCAUCAUCGGCGGCACGGCUCUUGGGCAUUUCGCUCACUGGCGCUAUUUGACUCGAUUUCGGCGACUUGAUCCCUCUGUGCUUAGCCAUAAGAGCAUCUUCCGGUUCUAUGGUGCGGCUUGGGGCUGCGUUUACCUCGGCGUGCUAUCGGCCUUAACCUAUGUGGAACCACGAAUCUGGAGUACUGAACGGACGGGUCCGGCCCCAGCACGGAACAUGUCGGCUGACUUUUGGGCUGGCUACGUGAGCGGGGCCGUGGGGAUCAUCAUUGGAAAUCCUCUGGAUGUUAUCAAGGUUCGACUACAGGCCAAGGAUGUCAUGGCCGUCCAGAGCGCAUCAGCCUAUGCCAGCCAGUUUCAGAGCUCCUCUUCUCUCGUCACAGGUACAGCGGCGCCUAUUUUCGGAUAUGGUGCUCUCAACGCCCUACUUUUCGUCUCGUACAACCGCACAGAGGCAGCACUUAGCACGGCGUUUGGGACGAAGAAGAGCCUUUGGUCAACAUGGAUUGCCGGCGCCGUCGGAGGCUUGGCGACGUGGGUGGUUAGCACCCCAACCGAGCUGAUCAAAUGCCGUGCCCAGGCCGCCGCUACCCCGACUUCCAGUCUAUCAAUCAUGAGACAGAUAUGGAGGACAGAAGGGCCAAAAGGCCUCUACCUUGGCGGUGCGGUCACCGCUUUGCGAGAUGCCAUCGGCUACGGGUUUUAUUUCUGGACAUACGAGCUCUGCACCGAGACAUUUUCGGGGCUUGACAAGGGCGACCCGACCCUUGCCAAGGAGGCUUCCAAGGUGCUGCUCUGCGGCGGCCUUGCGGGCAUCGCCACGUGGGCUAGCAUCUUUCCACUUGAUGUAAUCAAGACGCGGGUGCAAACCCAACCAUCCCUCGAAAGGCUUGCAGAGACGUCUCCGCUUUUAUCUUCACUUCGCUCCACGACGCCGUCGCCAUCUCAUGAGGGUCGGAGGGAGGUAAGCGAAAACGCGGACAAGGUAUUUGACCAGGAGUGGGUCAAGGUCCUCUCCAAACUCGGGACGCGCGUGCUCCAGCAGCAUGUUGGCCAUCUUGGCCUCCGCGAAGGGGGACUCGGGACCCGCCAUACAACCAGCGCGCAGCGGAGGCCAACUUUGAACCAUCGACCAUGUCCGCCGUCGAGGGCGAUAUCCUCAACCCUCCGAGGCACUGGGCUCGCCCGACAUGGCGAAUUUCGAUGCCGUGGUGACGUGUAUGGCGCUGCACCACUUCGAGCACCCGAGAGAGACUGUGCGCGCCCUCGUCGAGAGGCUGCGGCCGGGGGAGCUAUUGCCAUCACGGACUGGGCACCUACCAUGAAGGGCGGGGCGCUCGACGAAGCGGUCAAGGAGCAUGAGUCGAGGAAGGAGAAACACGCGGCGCACGGGACCAUCAAUAAAGAGUUUUUGUCGCCGGAGAAUGUAUUGGGCAUGUUUGAGGAGGCUGGAUGCGACAUGAGUACGGCCUACUACAUCGUCGUGGGUGAAAAGUCGCACAUCCCGGAGGAGAUCGCCAAAGUCCCCGGUGGCCUCCAUCCUACCAUGUUCCUAGCGCUAGCGAAACGGAAACUGUAA